AUGGCAACAAUUCUCUCUUCUUCCCUCUCUUUUUCUCGUCUUCCAUGUAUUCCUUCCUCCUCCUCGCUCCGCUCUUCUCAGCCGUCGCAGUCCAAUCUAUCUUUCCCCCGCCGGAUAAAACCCAUCUCGUUGGUGGCAUCCCGAAGCUCAAGAAGGAUGACUUUAAGCUGCUCUGCUUCUUCUUCCGGCGACUCUGCUUUUAACGCCGACGUCGACGAGAAAUUCCGUUCCAAGAGAAAAGCGUUUGCUAAAUUGACAAGAGAAAUAGAGCCUCUAGACAUUAGCGUAAUUCAGAAAGAUGUUUCACCGGAAACUGUAGACGCCAUGGAAAGAAGCAUAUCAGAGAUGUUAGGAUUACUCCCGUCGGAUAAAUUCCAAAUCCACAUUGAAUCUCCAUGGGAGCAUCUCUCCGAUUUUUUAUUCACUUCAAUAAUGGCAGGGUACGCUUUGAAGAAUGUUGAAAAUAAACUCUAUCUCGAAAAGAAUUUUGAAUUGGAUUAUGAUAGUUCCUCUGAGAAAGCAGAACAAGAAAUUAAACUCGAAAAGGCAGAGUUUGAUGACCUGACAAUAAAAACUCUGAAGUAUAUGAUUCAAUUGAAAUCUCGUUUGUUAGCUUUGAAAAAGGAGCUAUUGGAGGUUCAAAGGAAAAUGGGUGUUCUUGAUCAACUGAAACAGAGUGUGGGAGAUGAUGAAGAUGGUCAUCGGAGGAAUGAGUUGUUGGAGUAUUUGAAAUCAUCGAAACCCGAAAAGCUGGUAGCCGGAGAGAUGCCGGAACCAAUUUGUCCGGUGGUGAAGGAAGCUGUCAAUGCUGUUGUUUAUGCUCUGUUCGCCAUUCUCUCCCCGGAGGUGUAUCCUGAUCCGACGACACAGAGUAUUUCCGAGCUAAAUCAACGGCAGAUAUUUCUGACAAGGGAUUAUCUGGCUCGGGUGAUGAUUUGGUGCAUGCUUCUUGGGCAUUAUAUCAGAGGAUUCGAAUUUCGGCUGGAGCUUUCGGAACUUCUUGGCUCCUCCUCAUCAGGUGACGAUGUUGAAAAGACUCAAAAGGGUGUUUCUUCCGAUGAUGAAGAUUUUAUAUUUUAG